AUGACGUGGCAAGCCGCCCCGUCGGCAUGGCCGACUUCCGCCGACACAGCCGCCGCUCCGGCGCUGGCGGGAGGCCAGACCGCGUACAACAAGUCGGUGCCGUUUGGAGCGACCAACACGAUCCACAUGUCCGACAUUACGUUCGGGGUGCAGGACGAGGUCGUGUUGGACUUUUCCGUCUACAGCAAUGUUGUCCCGCUCCAAGUGACUGCGUUCGCCAGUCAGCGCGUGGCAACGUACCCGACCAUGUACCACACGGCGGUGCUGUCGUCGGCCGCGUGGCGACUGCCGUCGUACUUGCUGCCGGUCAACGCGAGUCGCAAGGUGGCGAACUUGACGCUGGUGAUCCGCAUGCCGGACGGGUUCUCGGGAGCGGCGCAGUUCGGGGUGCGGUUCACGGCGUUGUCUGCCAACCAAGUGCAGACGUCGUGGGUGACGCGAGCCAAGAUGACAUGGCAGAGCGGCACGGCGGCGGCACUGCCGGUGCUGCGCCCAGCCACGUCGUCGAGUCAGUUGUCCGUCGGCGCCGUCCAACCGACACCGCUUGUGCCAUUCAACACGACCGGCACGAUCGAGCUCUCCAACGUGGUGCUCGGGGUGUCGGACACGCUGACGCUGGACGUGGCCGUCCACAGCCCGGCUGUGGCCAAGACCGUGUCCGUGUACAUUGUGCAAUCCGUGACAAACUACCCCGUGACGUACUUCGCCAGCGCUGCGCUGACGAACGGACCGUACGUUGUGCCUGCCUUCGCGCUGCCAGGGUUCCAGAACGCUUCGCGCCGUCUGAGCACGGUGCUGAUUUCG